AUGUCAGAUAAUGUCAAUUCUUCCGGUUCUAUUCCUUCAAAUGUUGUUCCUGUAUCUGAAGACCCUGAAAUUCUUCGUCGCCGAAAACGUGAAUCCAAUCGUAAAGAUUAUCAAAAACAUAAGGAAAGGCGUCGUAGAAACAGACCCAGAAUUUCGGAACUCCGAGAGCGUGAAGCUCAAAUUGCAAAGCGUGAGGCCCUAAUUGCAGAAUAUGAGGCACAACUUAUGGACCGUGAAGCUCAACUCAUAAGUUUUAUUUAUGCCAACGGUCUAAUUCCUCCAGACCCUCCUUCUAUGACUAUGAUACUUUCUUCGAAUACGGUUACUUAUAGUGACUUGAUUUCUGGUAAUGAAGAAGUUGAUUUAUGCGAAAGUCAUGCUCCAAUACUUUCAUCCAUUGUUUCAAGCAAUUCAUUGAUUGAUACCGAAUUAUACAAUUUGGAAAGCAAUGAAAUUGAAUUAGAUGAAAAUCAUGCUCAAGCAUUUCCAUCAAUUAUUUCUAUGAACCAGUUUUAG